AUGGGAUACGAGGAAAGGACAAGUUCAAGUCGAGAUAACUUGAACCAUUCCGGAGACAAGAUAACGCCAAGGAACAUAGUCCGCGAGCGAGGAGGAGCGAGAGAGUCCACCGUGCUCUUGCUACCCUUAAGAGUCCGGGAGCUGGAGUCUUCCCUUGCCGCUCUUAAGAGUCCGUGGGCAAGAGUUUUCUCAUGUUCCCUUAAGAGUCCGGGACCUGGAGUCUUCUUAUGCCCCCUUAAGAAGUCCGAGAUCUGGAAUAUUUUCUUGCCCUUAAGAGUCCGUGGGAAGGAUCAUACCCUUUUAAGAGUUCGAGAUCUGGAGUCUCCUCAUGCCCCCUUAGGAGUCCAGGACCUGAAGCCUUCUUAUGCCCCCUUAAGAGUCCGGGACCUGAAGCCUUCUUAUGCCCCCUUAAGAGUCCGGGACCUGGCGUCUUCCCAUGCCCCCUUAAGAGUCUGGGACCUGAAGUCUUCUCAUGCCCCCUUAAGAGUCCGCGAGCUGGAGUCUUCCCACGCUCCCUUAAGAGUCCGGGACCUGAAGCCUUCCCAUGCCCCUCUUAAGAGUCCAGGACCUGAAGCCUUCCCAUGCCCCUCUUAA